AUGAACAGCACGUCCUUCACGGGGCCUCUCUCAGGCUCAAAGACCAUUCUCUCCUCACCACCAUGGCUCCCCUACGCCCUAGCCUUCCUACUAGGUUACCCCCUACUCACAAGAGCUCUCCGCUACCAACGCGUCAACAGCCUCCCUCAAAAAUACAACUACCCAACCCGUGAAUCCAUGGCCAAAAUGACCGACGAAGAAGCCUUCCAGAUUCAAAAAGCAGUAGCGCAGCUCGAGUUCCCAUUCAUAUUCAUCAAGUCCCUACAAUUCGCCCUCUUCCGAACAUACGGCAUCCCCACAAUCUCAGCUCUUCUAACAAAGACAACUCAAUUCUCCAACCCGGCCACAUCCCUGAAACGCUACACAGACACAUCAACCCUCGUUCAAGAAAUGGUCGGUAACAGCCCGACCUCCUCACGCGCAAUGACCUCUUUCGCACGCACGCGCUACCUCCAUGCUGGAUACCGCGCUUCGGGCAAGAUUCUUGAACCAGACAUGUUGUACACGCUUGCUCUCUUCGCACUAGAACCUAUCCGGUUCAUUGAGCGGUUCGAAUGGCGGGCUCUGAGUGAUCUGGAACGGUGUGCGAUAGGUACGUUCUGGAAGAGCGCGGGAGAUGCGUUGGGGGUUAGUUAUGAUGCGUUACCGUCUGGGCGGGGAUUCCGGGAUGGGAUUCAGUGGCUUGAGGAGAUUGAGAGAUGGAGUAAGGAGUAUGAGAGAGAAUUCAUGGUUCCUGAUGUCAAGAAUCGGGAUACGGCGGAUCAGACUACUGCUAUCCUGGUUUAUAUGUUGCCGGGGUGGUUGUGUCCGGUUGGGUUGCAGUUUGUUUCGUUUAUGAUGGACGAGAGGUUGAGAAGAGCCAUGCUGUACGAUCCUCCGACUGCGUUCUUUAGUGCGCUGUUUGCGAGUCUGCUUACUGUCCGAAAGCUUUUCUUGAGGUAUCUGGUUCCUCCGAGGCCUUAUUUCUUGCGGUAUGCUUCAUUAACGGAGGAGCCGGAUCAGAGUAAUCGCUUCUUCCUUACGAACUGGGAGGCGGCCCCCUAUUAUGUUAAACCAACUUUGUGGAACCAUUGGGGUCCGAUGGCUUGGUUGACUUGGGCUCUCGGUCGUCCUGUUCCCGGUGAUGAAGAAGAUAAGUAUUAUCCCUCUGGUUACGAUAUUGCCGACGUUGGGCCAAAGCACUUUGAAGGGAAGGGGAAGGAGGAGUUGGAGGAGAUGAUGGAGCACUUGAAGGAGUUUCGGACAGGGAAGUGUCCGUUCCAUUGA